AAGGGAAAGUUAGUGCAAAGGCAGCACCCCUCUUUUGCUGUCAUUGACAUUUAAACUGUGUGGCAGGUUCUCGCGUGGAAAUCGGCCACCGGAGCCGCCAGGUGCCUCCUCCCGGCCGCGGGACCGCCGCGCCCGGACGCUCCGCUCCCGCUGACAGGAUGCGUGCGGCGGGACGCCCGGCCUCGGCCAGCGGCAACUAGGAGGGGACCGGCUGCUCGGCGGGACGGCUCGCCGGGACUCCCCGAGCCUGGAGGGCAGGCACACGGGACACAGGAAUUCAAGAUCACACAACCAGCAGCUUCAGUGGCGAAAAACUAUUUUGCUGGCAACUCUUUUUAAAGCACCAUCAUUUCCAAUCAGUGCGCUCUUAAACUAUUGACAGGAGCUUUGACAACAAGACAGGAUGCCUCAUAAAGAGGGAAGACUUUAACUAGUGACACGCAGAUGUGCGAGUCCCUAAAUUGUAUGAGAGGACAGUCCACCCCGCUUUCAGACUGCUAUAGGCGACCCCCGUGGGAUACUGCUCUCUCAGCCCAACAUGCAGAACAGUCACAGCGGCGUGAACCAGCUCGGCGGGGUGUUCGUCAACGGGAGGCCGCUGCCCGACUCCACGCGGCAGAAGAUCGUGGAACUCGCUCACAGCGGCGCCCGGCCCUGCGACAUCUCCCGGAUCCUGCAGACCCAUGCAGAUGCAAAAGUCCAAGUGCUGGACAAUCAAAACGUGUCGAAUGGAUGUGUGAGUAAAAUUUUGGGCAGGUAUUACGAAACUGGCUCCAUCAGACCCAGGGCAAUCGGAGGUAGUAAACCGAGAGUAGCGACUCCAGAAGUUGUAAGCAAAAUAGCGCAGUAUAAACGAGAGUGCCCCUCCAUCUUUGCGUGGGAGAUUCGAGACAGAUUACUAUCAGAGGGGGUCUGUACCAACGAUAAUAUACCCAGUGUGUCGUCGAUAAACAGAGUCCUACGCAACCUGGCUAGCGAAAAGCAACAGAUGGGUGCCGACGGGAUGUACGACAAGCUAAGGAUGCUGAACGGGCAGACGGGGACCUGGGGCACCCGGCCCGGCUGGUAUCCCGGCACCUCGGUACCCGGGCAGCCCACACAAGAUGGCUGUCCGCAACAGGAGGGAGGAGGGGAAAACACUAACUCCAUCAGCUCUAAUGGAGAAGACUCAGACGAGGCCCAAAUGAGACUCCAGCUGAAAAGGAAGCUGCAGAGAAAUAGGACAUCCUUUACCCAAGAGCAAAUCGAAGCCCUUGAGAAAGAAUUUGAGAGGACCCACUAUCCUGAUGUGUUUGCAAGAGAGAGACUAGCUGCUAAAAUAGACCUGCCUGAAGCAAGGAUACAGGUGUGGUUUUCCAACAGAAGGGCCAAAUGGAGAAGGGAAGAGAAGCUGAGGAACCAGCGAAGACAAGCCAGCAACACUCCCAGCCACAUUCCCAUCAGUAGUAGUUUCAGCACAAGCGUUUACCAGCCGAUCCCACAACCAACCACCCCCGUUUCCUCUUUCACAUCAGGUUCCAUGUUGGGCAGGACGGACACGGCGCUCACGAACACGUACAGCGCGCUGCCGCCCAUGCCCAGCUUCACCAUGGCCAACAACCUGCCUAUGCAACCCCCGGUACCCAGCCAGACCUCCUCCUACUCUUGCAUGCUGCCCACCAGUCCAUCGGUGAAUGGACGGAGCUAUGAUACAUACACCCCUCCUCACAUGCAGACACACAUGAACAGCCAGCCCAUGGGCACCUCUGGCACCACUUCCACAGGUCUCAUUUCCCCUGGAGUGUCAGUUCCAGUUCAAGUUCCUGGCAGUGAACCUGAUAUGUCUCAAUACUGGCCAAGAUUACAGUAAAACAUGUGUUAAUUCCGUAAAUGACUAUAUGGACAACAGUUGGAUGUUCAGCAGUAUUUUAUAAAGGAAGAAUGGCUCUCAGAGUACUUCUGUACUGCAACUGUGCCCUAUGCUGUAACACAUGGAAAAGACUUUCACAUGGACCUUUGUACACUGAAGGCAUUAUAUCAGUUGGAACAAAUCUUCAUUUUGGUAUCCAAACUUUUAUUCAUUUUGGUGUAUUAUUUGUAAAUGGGCAUUUGUAUGUUAUAAUGAAAAAAAAAAAAGAACAAUGUAGACUGGAUGGAUGUUUGAUCUGUGUUGGUCAUGAAGUUGUUUUAAAAAAAAAAAAGAAAAGGAAAAAAAAAAGAAGCCAUGAUCAACAAGCUUUGCCACGAAUUUAAGAGUUUUAUCAAGAUAUAUCGAAUACUUCUACCAAUCUGUUCAUAGAUUAUGGAUUGAUGUUCCAAGUUUGUAUCAUUCCAUUGCAUAUAAUUAAACCUGGAACAAUACGCACUAGAUUUAUGUAAGAAAAAUAUCUGUUGGUAUUUCCAAAGGUUGUUAACGGCUGAAGCUAUGUGCAAACAGGGGUUAAGAGAGAGCUGCGAUGAAGAAAAGAGUUUGAUAGAUAAAAGGUAGAUUGUGUCUUCGAUAUAAUCCGAUUUGUUUUAUGUCGAAAUGUAAGUAUUUGUCUUCCCUAGAAAUCUCCCAGAAUGAUUUCUAUAAUAAAGUUAAUUUCAUUUAUAUUUGACAAGAAUAUUCUAUAGAUGUUUUAUACACAUUUUCAUGCAUCAUACGUUUCUUUUUUGGUCGGCAAGAGUUAAUUGUUCUUAGAUAUAGUUGUACUACUGUUCACAGUCCAAUCAUCUUUGUGCAUCUAGAAUUCAUUCCUAAUCAAUUAAAAGUGCUUGCAAGAGUUUUAAA